GCAUUCCAUUUAAAAAAAAAAAAAAAAUCUUAUUUUCCAUUUUGAUUUCAUGCCGACUUUAAAAGACAUGCUGCCUUGUUUGUUUUGAGAAGUCUUAUAAUACUAAUAUUAAAAAAAGACAAUAUUGCCAUAAAGCAUGCUGCUGCUCUUAUAGAAACAAUAAAUCAAUUGGUUCUUAUAAAUAAUGAUACAUUUGUCAUGGAAUUUUAUUUUGCUAUUAUUUCCUAAUAAUAACAAUGUUAACGAAUCAUAAAACAACAACAAUGAGAUAAUCAAUGACAAUCUGAACUCAACCAUUCUUUUGUUUUCAAUUAAAGACAUUUACAGCCAAGAAUACAGUAAAUACUUUGUGUUGCCAUCCAGAACAUGUAAACCAUUGGUCUCAAAUGCAAUUCCUGGAGGGCCACAGCUCUGCACGUUUUAGCUCCAACCCUAAUCAAAGACACCUGAUCCAGCUAAUCAAGGUCUUCAGGCUCACUAGAAAGUGUCACUUUUUGUGUAUAUAGAAUUUAUACUAAAAACAAAUUAACUGGUAAUAGUUCACUCACAUUUAACAACCAGUUAUAUGCAGCUUUAAAUAGUUUGGGAAGAUUCAGCCCCUCACACAUACUGUCCCCUCCAGAGUGAAAUGGGGCUAAAGCCCACUUUGGGCAACACACUACAAUUUCUGGAGGCCCACAGCUCUGCAGAGUUAAGCUCCAACCAGCUCCAACUCACACCUGCUUGGAAGUUUCUAGUAAUCCUGAAGAGCUUGAUUAGCUGGAUAAAGUGUGUUUGAUUAGGGUUGGAGAAGAGCGGUGACCCUCCAGCAAUUGAGACUGAGACCAUUGCUCUAAACACAAAGAUUUAAAAUUUGAGUAAAAUAAAAGUUUUGAGUCAAGAUAUGUGAAGAAUUAUGAAAUACCACGAGUACCAAAAAGUAGUCAACAACAGUUUUAACACCUAAUUCUUGCACUCAUUUAUAAUAAACCAACAAAACACAAAAGUCCCUGUGGACAGCUUGCUUACCUGUCACUGAUUGCAGAGAGUAUGUGAAAAGAAACCGUAAAAGUCUGUUAAAUUAAUUUCUGAUAGCAUAAUCCAGUGCACCUGCUUCAAAUGAACAAUAUAGUAGAAUGAUCAUGAAGCUAAUGAGAUCUAGUGGUGAGAAAGAAAAGCUGGCAUAUUCGAUUAUAGAUCAUUACCGUUUAGAGAUAUUGAUUGGAAAGCUAUUUUAACUCCUAGACAGAGCAGUCGGUCUUGCUUAAUAUAGCGAAAUCAAUAGUCAAAUCAAGUCAAAUCACUUUUAUUGUCACAUUACCACCGAUAUGUACUGCAAGCUGCCUAUAGAGGGUAACCAUGAUUGUAUCCAUUUUUGUUUAACAAUGAAUAAAUCUGAGGGGCGGUUUCCCAGAUAGAGUUUAAAAUAAACCGAGUAGGCUUAAUCUAGAAUAGUUAAUCUUGGUUUAGAAAAUGACAUUGAAACAAAGAUUAAGUACAGAUUACUAACUCAUGGAUUAUGGAGUCAUGAACUAAAAUAAACUAGAUACAUUUAAAACCAACUGUGCUAAUCUGAGUAAGCAUGACGGGUUGCUUGAAAAACAUGGAAUGAACCCAGAAAAGCUAAAAACUGAAUGGAACUGAGAAGCAAAUCCAAGGAAAACAAUAGCAGCAUAAAAAGGGUGAUCAACUACAACAUAAAUAAACAAACAAAACAAAUUUACUAAUUAAGAGAAAACUUUUUUUUUUUAAAGUAAGCAAAGUUAACUGCAAAAUUAGGUGUCAAAUAAUAAAUGCCUAGGAAUCUGUAAAGAAUUCUUGCAUAACUUAUUGCAGCCAGCUUAUUUUAUUAUUAUUGUUUAUUAUAUUAUACAUAAAUCAGCUGUUUAAGAGAGAGAGAGAGCAACAGGAAGAGAGAGAGAGAGAGUCAUGGUCAGAAUUUUUUAGCACGCUACAAAAAUGUGACCAAAGAGGACUAUGAAAAUAAAUCUGUAUUGUUUAAUCUUCUGAUCUUUCAUUAAAAAAGUCAAUAAAUAAAUCACAAAAAUCUUAACAUUUCAACCAUAUCACAUAAUACACAUUGGCCAUAAUUAUUUGUAGUCCUAGAAAUUAUUAUUAAUAAAAUCUCUGAAGAUCUGUAUUUCCAUUCAUAUUAACAUUUUUAAGCAGGAACAUUAAAUUAUUCAUCCAUGAUUUCCUGUUACACAGGAAUAUAAUUAUCAGAAACACAAAGGCCAAAGAAAAGAGCUAAAUCAUUGAAUAUUUUCCUUUACAACAUUAGGACACUAAUUACGGAGUUCCAAUUAACAGGGAAUGUUGCAAAUCUUUGUCAGUGUAUCUAUUGUCUUAAUGCAAUGUGCGGAAGAUAGUUUGAAUGGCCAAAGACUCCCCAAGGAUCACAGCUGGAUAAUUGCAGACAAUAGUUAAGUCUUGGGGUCUGUAAGCCUUAUAAUGGACCAUGGUUGGAUCUCGUACAGAACAAUCCAAAAGGACCAUUUAGUCUUCCUCCAAGAAAUCAGCCUAUUCAAUUCUGGACUAUAGGGUCAUUUUAGUCUAGGACUGGUCUUAAUCUCUCUCUGGGAAACUGGCUCUGAGAGUUUUUUUUUUUUUUUUUGCCUCAUAUUUUAACACAAUAUAUCUUUAUCUGUCUGCUACAAAUUUCAGUCACAAUUAUAAUGAUCAUAAAGGUGAUUUAAAUAACUGGUUUUGAAUACAAAGAGUUAUUGCAAUUCAAAGUAAGCUGUUAAACUAGUUGUAACAGUAAGAAUAACAGCAAAAAAGGACAUCAUUAUACAUAUAAUUUGCAUCGUAACAGUUGAAAUAUUUAACAAGAAAUUACCUUUACUUGCAUGUUACCUAUAUCUACUGUAUUUUAAAAUAAAUCCAUAGUACAGCUCAGCUGCCUGCAUGAAGUAAUCAAGACAUCUCUUACCUCUGAAACAUCUGUCUGUUUUUCAGUCUGUCUAGGCAUGCUGAAAAAUCAAGAAAAUAGAAAAAGUCUUCACUGGAGAUUGGUUUUGUUACAACUCUCCACACCCCUGUCAGGAAUGCUUCAAAAUGGUGCUGGAACACACAAAGGUGGAGAUAAAUGGAGUAGUCGCCAAAAUCAGUACCAAGAGCAAGACCGUUCUACCUUUUCCAGCAUGCAGAUGAAGGCCAGAGGAAGCAGUUCAUCUCUGAUCUCAUGCAAACCCAUGGCUACAAAGGCAUCUGUUGCCUCGGACAGUGAUUUCAGAGGCUCUGGCUCAUCUCACAUUCAAACGUCCACUCUACAACAGCAGACUGUCAGAGAAAUCACAAGCAAACAUCUCAGACAGCACAGACCAUCAGUACUACGCAAAGGCAACCAGCCGUUCCCACAAGCUUGUGGUGUUCAUGACUGGGUUGUGGACACUGUGUGUAAGACAGAACCUGACAGUGACCUGUCAGACCCCGUGCCACUUUACACCAACCAAUCUGAAAGUCCUCCGCCUGACAGCACAGAGCAUACUGGGAAGCAUGCAUACAGUCUUCCAGGUGACUUUCUGUGUGUUAAAGGACAAUGUGGAUGGCCUGGGUGCUCAAAGAGCAGAGAAGUGUUCAAAGAAUAUGGACAUUUCUUAAAACACCUUUCUACUGACCAUGCUCCUGGGGACAGAAGUAUAGCCCAGUUUAGGAUGCAGAAAGACAAAGUACAAUACAUGGAGAAUCAGUUGAUUGCAGAGAGACAGAAACUACAGGCUAUGCAGCUACACCUAUUUGACGUCAAAUCUACCUCUGAGGAUGGUAACAGUGUGGAGAAGUCAGGACAUCUGUCAGAACUCCUGCAACCUGCAGCAUGUCAGAGCGCAAAUGGUGUCUAUGACAGUGACAGAGCGGCAGCUGAAGCACUAACACAAGGAUACUGGCAGAUCUCUACCUCACAAGUUAUACCAGGGAUUAUCCCCAGUUUUGAGUAUUAUAAGUUCACAAACAUGAGGCCACCUUUCACCUACGCCUCCAUGAUACGAUGGGCGAUACUGGAGUCUCCAGAGAAGCAGCUUACUCUGAAUGAAAUCUAUCACUGGUUUACCCGCAUGUUUUUCUACUUUCGUCACAAUACUGCCACAUGGAAGAAUGCUGUUCGGCAUAACCUCAGUCUUCAUAAGUGCUUUGUGCGCGUUGAAGGAAGAAAAGGUUCUGUUUGGACCGUGGAUGAAGAGGAGUUUCUGAGAAGAAAAGGACAAAAGUUUCACAGGGAUCAGGAUAUGGGCUGGAUGGCACCUUUUCACGUGUUUCCUGUGACUCCACAAGGUGAAACUUAUCAGAUGCGAGGCCCAAAUGGACUCUCAUGAAGAGAUACAAUCAAAUUUCAACCAGUAACAAUAUCAACGACUUUAGUAAGAAUGAUAAAUAUUAUAAUAGUUUAAAAUGGUGGUUUUAAACAUAUAGCUGGCAGUCUGUUUCAGACAGUUUUUAUUUUUAUUUUUUGGAAAAAAUAAUUUUGUAAGGAAUUAUGAAGUUUGCAUAAUCCAAAGAUAAAGUUAAGUAGUGGGUGUUCAGCAAACUUUUCACUAUCCUUCUUGCUUUUAAAUGUACUGAUUAAAAAGUACAAGACGCGUUUUUUAUAAAGAUUAAAAUUGUACAACAAUAAUGAUACUAAGGGCAUCUGUAUGUAAAUACAUUUAGUAUGGUACUUAAUUUAAUAUUGCUAAUUGUUCUUAAACAAUAACUGUACAUUUUCUCUCCUUGAAUUAAUGUCUUAAAAUAUGUUAUUCAAAUAAAGGUCCAAACUGAAACGGAA